AUGGCAGCUGGGGGCCGCCGCCGGCGCCCACUGCGCUACCAGUCCCUGGCAGCCCUCGUGGAGGAUUCUCAGUGGCCUUUCUUGUUCCUUGUCUCAGACUUUAGCUACGGGGCAGACGACUACGACGCAGAGGGGAAUGAGGAGCAGAAGGGGCCCCCAGAGGGCUCGGAGACCAUGCCAUACAUCGACGAGUCGCCCACCAUGUCGCCCCAGCUCAGCGCCCGCAGCCAGAGCAGUGGGGACAGAAUCUCCCCCACCCCACCUGAGGGGCUGGCACCUGGGGUGGAAGCAGGGAAGGGCCUGGAGAUGCGGAAGCUGGUUCUCUCUGGAUUCCUGGCCAGCGAAGAAAUCUACAUUAACCAGCUUGAAGCCCUGUUACUGCCCAUGAAACCUCUGAAGGCCACAGCCACCACCUCCCAGCCCGUGCUCACCAUCCAGCAGAUCGAAACCAUCUUCUAUAAGAUCCAGGACAUCUAUGAGAUCCACAAGGAGUUCUAUGACAACCUCUGUCCCAAGGUGCAGCAGUGGGACAGCCAGGUCACCAUGGGCCACCUCUUCCAGAAGCUGGCCAGCCAGCUUGGUGUGUACAAAGCGUUUGUGGAUAACUAUAAAGUCGCUCUGGAGACAGCUGAGAAGUGUAGCCAGUCCAACAACCAGUUCCAGAAGAUCUCAGAGGAACUCAAAGUGAAAGGUCCCAAGGACUCCAAGGACAGCCACACGUCAGUCACGAUGGAAGCUCUGCUCUACAAGCCUAUUGACCGAGUCACUCGGAGCACCCUAGUCCUACACGACCUACUGAAGCACACACCCGUGGACCAUCCAGACUACCCACUGCUCCAGGAUGCCCUCCGCAUCUCCCAGAACUUCCUGUCCAGCAUCAACGAGGACAUUGACCCCCGCCGGACUGCUGUCACAACUCCCAAGGGCGAGACGCGGCAGCUGGUGAAGGACGGCUUCCUGGUGGAAGUGUCGGAGAGCUCCCGGAAGCUGCGGCAUGUCUUCCUCUUUACAGACGUCCUCCUUUGCGCCAAACUGAAGAAGACAUCGGCAGGGAAGCACCAACAAUAUGACUGUAAAUGGUACAUCCCCCUGGCUGACCUCGUGUUUCCAUCCCCUGAGGAGUCUGAGGCCAGCCCCCAGGUACACCCUUUCCCAGACCACGAGCUGGAGGACAUGAAAAUGAAGAUCUCUGCCCUCAAGAGUGAAAUCCAGAAGGAGAAAGCCAACAAAGGGCAGAGCCGGGCCAUCGAGCGCCUAAAAAAGAAGAUGUUUGAGAAUGAGUUCUUGCUGCUGCUCAAUUCCCCCUCGAUCCCAUUUCGGAUCCACAACCGGAAUGGAAAGAGCUACCUGUUCUUACUGUCCUCAGACUAUGAGAGGUCAGAGUGGAGAGAAGCAAUUCAGAAACUACAGAAGAAGGAUCUCCAGGCCUUUGUCUUGAGCUCAGUGGAGCUCCAGGUGCUCACAGGAUCCUGCUUCAAACUUAGGACUGUACACAACAUUCCUGUCACCAGCAAUAAAGAUGACGAUGAGUCUCCAGGACUCUACGGCUUCCUUCAUGUCAUCGUCCAUUCUGCCAAGGGAUUUAAACAGUCAGCCAACCUGUACUGUACCCUGGAGGUAGAUUCCUUCGGCUAUUUUGUCAGCAAAGCCAAAACCAGGGUGUUUCGGGACACGACAGAGCCCAAGUGGGAUGAGGAGUUUGAGAUUGAACUCGAGGGCUCUCAGUCUCUGAGGAUCCUGUGCUAUGAGAAGUGCUAUGACAAGACCAAGGUCAACAAGGACAACAAUGAGAUUGUGGACAAAAUCAUGGGCAAAGGGCAGAUCCAGUUGGACCCACAAACCGUGGAAACCAAGAACUGGCACACGGAUGUGAUUGAGAUGAAUGGGAUCAAAGUAGAAUUCUCCAUGAAAUUCACCAGCCGAGAUAUGAGCCUGAAGAGAACCCCAUCCAAGAAGCAGACUGGCGUCUUUGGUGUGAAGAUCAGUGUGGUGACGAAGCGGGAGCGCUCCAAGGUACCCUACAUCGUCCGGCAGUGCGUGGAGGAGGUGGAGAAGAGGGGCAUCGAGGAGGUCGGCAUCUACCGGAUAUCGGGGGUGGCCACAGACAUCCAGGCACUGAAGGCCGUCUUUGAUGCCAACAACAAGGACAUCCUGCUGAUGCUGAGUGACAUGGACAUCAAUGCCAUCGCUGGCACCCUCAAGCUCUACUUCCGGGAGCUGCCCGAGCCCCUCCUCACAGACCGACUCUACCCAGCCUUCAUGGAGGGCAUUGCCCUGUCUGACCCUGCUGCCAAGGAAAACUGCAUGAUGCACCUGCUCCGCUCCCUGCCUGAUCCCAACCUCAUCACCUUCCUCUUCCUGCUGGAACACUUGAAAAGGGUUGCCGAAAAGGAGCCCAUCAACAAAAUGUCCCUUCACAACCUGGCUACUGUGUUUGGCCCCACGUUACUGAGACCUUCAGAAGUGGAGAGCAAAGCACACCUCACGUCGGCUGCAGACAUCUGGUCCCAUGAUGUCAUGGCACAGGUCCAGGUCCUCCUCUACUACCUGCAGCACCCCCCAAUUUCCUUCGCAGAACUGAAGCGGAACACACUGUACUUCUCCACCGACGUGUAGCCUGCGGCUGGGGCAGCUGCGGAGGAUGGCCCAAGCCAGCCUCUCCAGCUGGGAGGCCCAACACAGACUUGAAAGACUGCAAAAGAAAACUCCCAAACGCAGCCUCCAGACUACAGGGGAAGUAGACUUCCAAGAACUGGAACAUGUGCAUCUUUUCUGCCACCUUGUACAAAGCCAGAUGACCCAGCCCCAGCCCUCACCACCACACCCCCAGGCUCCUGCCCUCUGUAUCUCUAGUUGUGUCUAAUGCUCUGUGCUGUUCGGGAUUUGUUUUAUGUAUAUUUGUCAUGCAGAAGAGGUAGUAACUGACCCGGUCUGGGCGCAC